AAAAUUUUGAAUUUUUUUUGAACUCUUUUGAACUUUAAAUCCGCAAAAACAUAAACAAUUCAAACAUUUGAAAUCGUGUAGAGUAAAAAUCACUUUAUUAAAAUAUUAAAUGACAAUUUAAGACAAUGGAGGAAGUACAAAGACAUUCAGUACACACGCUAGUGUUCCGUUCGCUCAAAAGAAGCCACGAUUUCUUCGUCAGUAAUCAAUCAAUUCUCAAUUUAGAAGCCGAUGAAAAAACAGAGAAAAUGAGAUAUAGUGUUAAGGCUAGAGACUCGUAUGGUCCAAUUUUUGAUCGUGUAGCAGCAGUUGAGCAGGAAAAAAAGAAAGCCGAUUAUUUUGGUAAAUCGACAGAACAUACAGAAAGUAAAGGAAAUGAAAUGGCACUAGUUCCAUCAAGCCAAUCUAAUAAUAAUACUAAUGAAUCAACUUCAUCCAGUGCACUCCUUUCAAUACCACAAUCUUUCUCACAAAGUCAGCAACAAUUGAUUCCGAAAAAACCUUCGUCGAUUCCAAAACCAAAAUGGCAUGCUCCUUGGAAAUUAUAUCGAGUCAUUAGUGGACAUUUAGGAUGGGUAAGAUGUGUAGCUGUUGAGCCGGGAAAUGAAUGGUUUGCAACUGGAGCUGCUGAUCGUGUCAUUAAAAUUUGGGAUUUAGCAAGUGGAAAAUUGAAGCUUUCUUUAACUGGACAUGUCAGCACAGUUCGUGGAUUAGCUAUAAGUCCUCGACAUCCUUAUUUAUUCUCUUGCGGUGAAGAUCGACAAGUUAAAUGUUGGGAUUUGGAAUAUAAUAAAGUUGUGAGACAUUAUCAUGGACAUUUAUCUGCUGUUUACUCGAUGUCAUUGCAUCCAACACUUGAUGUUUUAGUAACUGCUGGACGUGAUUCUACUGCUCGUAUUUGGGACAUGAGAACAAAGGCUAACAUUCAUACAUUAUGUGGUCAUACAAAUACGAUUGCUAGUGUUGUUACUCAAGCAGCAAAUCCUCAAAUUAUCACUGGAAGUCACGAUUCAACAGUAAGACUUUGGGAUCUCGCAGCAGGUAAAAGCAUGUGUACAUUGACAAAUCACAAAAAAAGUGUUCGAGGUGUUGUCCUACAUCCAACACUAUAUAUGUUUGCUUCAGCAAGUCCUGAUAAUAUCAAACAAUGGCGUUGUCCAGAAGGAAAUUUUGUUCAGAACCUUUCAGGACAUAAUACAAUUGUUAAUUGCAUGGCUGUUAAUUCAGAAGGUGUUUUAGUUUCUGGUGGUGACAAUGGAAGCAUGCAUUUUUGGGAUUGGCGUACUGGCUAUAAUUUCCAACGUAUUCAAGCUAGUGUUCAGCCUGGAUCAAUGGAUUCUGAAGCUGGAAUAUUUUCAAUGAUUUUCGAUCAAUCUGGAUCACGUUUAAUUACAACAGAAGCUGAUAAGACGAUCAAAAUUUAUAGAGAAGACGAUGAGGCAUCUGAAUCAAGUCAUCCAGUCAAUUGGAAGCCAGAUAUUAUUAAGAGACGCAAAUAUUAAAUAAAAGAAAAGGAACUUUCCAUGAUUUUUU